UUGCAAAAUUUUGGAAGCAGAAGAAAGGAAGGAUGAAGAGUGAUGUGUUCGUUGCCUGCAGAGAUGGCGAUCUCAGCAGUAUUGAAAAAUUAUAUGGGCAGAACCCUCGCCUUCUACGAGAGGUUGCAUGUGAAGGAAACAGUCUUCUUCACAUUGCUGCAAGGGAAGGGCACAGUGAAAUUGUUUCAUGGGCUCUAACCCAGUUUAGUGGUUACCAUCGUAUGACGAAAAUUCGCAAUAGUGAUAAAAAUACGGCGUUGCAUGAGAGUGCUAAGGGCGGGAAUGAGCAAGUUAUAAGAACUCUGCUUGAGAGCAACAAGUCCGCAGCCUCUAAACGUAAUCAGUUUGGAGAGACAGCUCUUAUUAUAGCAUCUGAGUACGGUCAUGUGGAAGCAGUGAAGCUUUUGUUAGAAGCCACUCCAUGGUAUAUGAUUUUAUGGCCAAGGAAUGACCACCAAACAUGUCUUCAUGUUGCAGCUUACGGAGGCCAUCUUGAUGUAGUCAGGUCGAUACUACGGAGGCCUAGCUGUUUAUGGAAGACAUGUAGAUAUUGUAAAUGAAAUAAUGGGCAUAAGACUAAAUUCAUGGUGGUGUAAGCUUUGCUUCAACAUGAAUUUCAUGACAAAGAAGGAUAAGUUUGGUCGAUGCCCAAUUCAUGUGGCAGUAUUGAAUGGUUAUUCCGAGAUAGUUGAAAUAUUUAUAUCUUCAAUGCCAGAUUGCAUAUAAAUUCUUAGUAAAGAUCUGAAAACUCCCCUACAUUUUGCAGUGGAGCAUAAUCAAUUUGAUAUGGUACAAAAAAUCCUCUCUCCACUCAAGCCCACAAAAGCUACAAAGUUUGUGACCUAUGACCGUGGCAUUUUUGGCAAUACAGCGUGGCAUUUUUGGCAAUACAGCGUUGCAUUUGGCUGCCAAGGAAGGAGUGGAACCUCAGCUUGUGCAAUAUUUGCUUUCAGUUUCUGGUGUAAAAGUGAAUGGUAUGAACGAUGAAGGCAAAACUGCACUUGACAUAGCCACUGGUGUUGAUUCUACAAAUAAUCCUAAUUUGUGCCAGAUUGCAAGGAUUCUAGAAGAUGAGAAUGCAGUUCAUGGUAUCAUAAAGCAUUCUAAACCAUCUAGACAACUAGAACAAAGAGCAAACCAAAGAAAUGAUAAUGAGGAUAAAGUGCUGUCAGUGGACACACUAGUGGCUUCUCUAGUUGCCACUGUGACAUUUGCAGCCAUGUUUCAGGUACCAGGUGGAACUACAAAAGGUGGAGACGAUGAAAUGGCAUUACAAGCUCUUUUUCAAGUUUUUCUAUUUUCUAAUUGUCUUGCUUUCUUUGGGUCCAUCAUAGUAAUCAUUGCAUGGAUAUUUAGGGAAAGACUACAUGAAAGGCUUGCUAUGGAUCAGUCUCCAUUGGCCAAACUAUCCCUAAUAAGCAUAGAAAUCUCCGUAAUGUCAACAGCCCUUGCAUUUCUAUGUGCAACCAUCCUAGUCACAAUACCUCAUCAUCUUACUGGAAAAAAAAAGGUAAGCAUGUGUUAAAUGAAUAUCGGUUUAUCUUCGGAGGUGAAAUCUUAACAUCAGCACUUGUACCUACAAUGGCUAUUCUCAUUUUGGGCCUUAUUUGGGCUUAUGAAUAUUAUUUUAGGGCUACAACUGAUUCUCGGCAAAAGCAUAAAGCCAUAUUUAGA